AUGUCCUUGUUGUUUCUGAUGCUGGUGAUCUGGAGAGUAGACGGUUUCGUGGAGAGAAGCGAGGGCAAGAUGUCCUUAUGUAUUUUGGAAGCAAAGGCAAAUCUGACGAGAGAGAGCGUGCGAGUAGCGCAGGCCAGGGGGGGUCUCUGUUUAGUGCUCGUACUCAGUGGGAUUGGGGGGGCGUGCAGCGCUGAGGGGGGUGCGGAGAUGCAGAGCGCUGUGCUGCUGAGGUUUGCAUUUGGACAUACAUACGUCAGCCCAGUCUGUCUCGGCGCGAGUACCAGCGGGGCUUGUACCUCUCGAGAAAAAAACCCAGACCGCAAGAUGGAUGGCAGCCCCCACAAGCCUUCCCGUGUGCCCGUGCUCGAUACGGAUCAACUCAUGCUGGGCGCUUCUCGCAGCUGA